AUGAGAGAGAUGAGACCAAGUUCUGAUGAUGUCACUUGGCCCCUGUAUCCAAGUUGGCCCCUGGGGUUGGCUGGGCCAACCCCAGAACUUUUCAGUCAUGUAAGCCACUGUAUUCCUACUAUUACCACUUUACCAUUUUUUUGGGGGGGGGGUGUCUUGAGGCAUGCAGGACCCCAGUUCCCCCACCUGAGUCAAACCUGCACCGCCUGCAGUGGAAGCUCAGUCUUAACCACUGGACCACCAGGGAAGUCCCUAUAUUCCCUCUUUUUGAAAAACCAGUUUGCCUGGACUUUUGUCACUUACACAUUUACAUUCUGGUAA